AUUUAUUAUUCCUGCAAACUUGGCGCUUUAUAGGCGUGUAUAAUUUUUUUCUUUAAUCAGUUAUUAUUUUUCAUGAUGUUUUCCAAACAAAACUAUUAAUCAGUUAUUUCGAAUUUAAUUAUGUUUUACAAUUGUGCAUGCUUCUACAGCCGUAACAUAUUUCUAAGAAAAUAUGGGUUGCACAUUACUUACAAAGAUGAAUGUUCAUUUAAAACCCUUUACGGCGAAACUCUGCGACAAAAGGGUUGCAAGUCUAAUGAACAAUUUGAAGCAAUAUUUAAAGAGAUAAAAGAUGAAAUACAGAGAAGGCGUGAUAUAUGUAAAAGUGCUUUACAUCGACGUGAACUGAUCGCAUCCAGGUACAGACCAUUGCAUCCAAGUAUUUAUUUGCUGAAAGAAUCAUUUUUGGAUCCUAAAUUCUUGCAUUUGGUUUACUUAUGCAAGAACGCAGGAAUGAAUGAGGAUGUUAAAAAAUCUAUCACUGUACAUAAAUCGUUUCGUCUCUAUGCAUUUCCUAUUUUUACGCAAGAGUUUUGCGACAUGCUCAUCGAAGAACUGGAAUAUUUUGAAAGAAGUGAUUUACCCAAAGGCCGACCAAAUACAAUGAGCAAUAACGGUUGCCUGCUCGAAGAAUUAGGUUUUGAUAAGGAGUUCCUAGAGCCUCUAAGAAUGAAUUAUAUAUCAUGGAUUACACGAUUCUUGUUUCCCGAUUUCGGAGGUGGUAGCCUUGAUUCUCAUAGAGUUUUUACUGUGAAGUAUUCAAUGGGGCAAGAUAGAAACCUUGGUGCUCAUUAUGACAAUGCUGAAAUAACACUGAAUGUCUGCCUUGGUAAAGAUUUUAGUGCGGGUGGCUUGAACUUCCGCGGACUUAACACAGAAAUGUAUGAAACGUCAACUUAUCAUUAUCCUAACUCGCCGAGAUACGGAAUCCUUCAUCGAGGUCGCCAGAUGCACGAAGCACUUCCUAUUGAAUCUGGAACCCGACAUAAUAUGGUUAUGUGGAUGAGAUCGUCAUCAGUGAGGAAUCACCUGUGCCCGAUGUGUCUUAGUGUCCCCCAGUUGGAAAAAGAUACGACUGGAGGCUACGGUCAAGGCUUCACGAUGCGUGAGGAAAGACAGGACAAUCCACGUUUUGUUGAUGUUUGCGUUGUAUAAACCUUAACCUGU